UGACUUGGCGCCAGCUCCCUCAGAUAGAGGCGUUGCUGGCGGGGCAACCAGCCUGCCCGUGAUCUUGAGCCCACAGGCUCCCUCGGGCCCUGUGUUCCUGUCCUACGGCCCGCCCCGCAGCAUCCCCCCAGGGGCGCGGCAUGUCACAGAGGGAGGUCAGAAGGGCACCCGCCGGGCUGGGAGUGGGGCGGAAGCUCGCUCCGGCCCAGCGGCUGGUGGCAGGCCCUGGCAGGGAGAGGAGCCGCCUGAGCAGAACCAGGCAGGACCUGUGGGAAGAGACAAGCUGGAGCGACGGAAGGUGGAGCAGAGCCGUCCCCAGCCCACGCGGGGUCAGGGCCAGGAGCCUGGCUCGUGGCCGGAGUGAGGCCAGUCCCAAGAAUGCCGUACGGGAGCGGAGCCGGGUGAGGACACUGCGCCAGGCGUUCCUGGCCCUGCAGGCCGCUCUGCCCGCUGUGCCGCCCGACACCAAGCUCUCCAAGCUGGACGUGCUGGUGCUGGCCACCAGCUACAUAGCCCACCUCACCCACACACUUGGCCGUGAGCUGCCCGGCCCCACCUGGCCACCCUUCCUGCGUGGACUCCGCUACCUACACCCUCUCAAGAAGUGGCCCAUGCGAUCUCGUCUCUAUGCUGGAGGCCUGGGGAGCUCUGGCCUCGACUCAACCACAGCCACCACCUCAAGCCAAAGAACAAAGGAGGCAGAGGCCGGACCCCAAGUCUCUGAAGAGGCAAACGCUCGCUCUCCCACGAGGCCACGCUCACCAGCUCUCAGUGCCAAAUGAGCAUCACACUUGCCUUUUUCUCCUAGACUACGGCUCGAGCUUAGGGACCUGGGUUCUCUCCCGGCCCGGCCUGUCUUCCCUCUGAUUCUCAGUCCUCGCAUCUGACCGACUCGGGUUCGGCUCCCAGGUUCCAGCACACAGACCAGCAAAGCAGUGGGCCCUUCAGCAACGGGAGGGUACUCAGGAGGCCCGGGGGAGGCGGGUGCUGUGGCAGCUACAAGGGAGGUGGGAGAGGAAGGGGUGUGGCUGGGUUGGACGUUGAGUUAGGGCGCCGCCCCCCUGCUUUCUCCCCUAAGCUUCUCACAAACCCUGUGGACGAGCAGGUGCAGAGGUAGCCUAGGACGACAGCAGUCGCGGGUGCCAAUGGGAAAGCCAAGGGCUGGGCAGGCUCUGGGCGGCUGUGAGUGUGAACAGAAAUGGGCCAGGGUCACGUAGCCAGACGGACACUGAAGGGAGCCUGUUUGUUAUUGUUCUACAAGACCUGCCUGUAGUCCAAGGGGCAGGGGAGAAUUUAGGAAUCUCGUCUGCACUGUGGUCUCUCCGGCUGCCCGACAUCCCUACAUUUCCUCCCUCUCUGGGCCCUGUGCCCUUCCACUCUUCUCUUGAUAUGACUUAUAUUUACAGGUUAAGCCAGAAAGCUCACAUUGCUUGCAUUCCAGUUUCCAGAGAAGCUUCCCAAUGGUCCCAGCUGCCUGCUUUGACAUGAUCUUAUGCCAGAGGCAGGCCUACCAGAACCGAGACAGACAGCACCUGAAGGCCUUGCAUCUGAAGGCUAUUGAUGGGCCUGAUUACGCCCUUGAAGGACCUUAGAAGGAGAACACUUAUCUUUUCCAGGGAUGAUAAUUAGUCUUCUCUCUCCGUUAUGUUAGAAACCUAACCUCCACGAAAAACAAGACAGGCCUGGGUUCAGUGGGUUCUUUGUAUGAUUUUGGCCUCAGGCCUCACUGGGUGUGGGGUUCUUUCUACAAUCUGUCUACAGAUAAGCUCCCCAGAGGAAGCUCCUCCCCACGGGCUCUGUCUUCCCAAGCGCUCCUUAAGUCUCUCAAUGGGGUGCUGGAGAUCUCUGAGAGCUUUAGUGGAAUUUCUCUCUGGCUCUGAAGAAAUAAUUUGAGGACUAAUCUUAGAGUCUACACACACUAAAAGUAACUUUCCAGAUGAGGUUCCGGUUCAAACCCAAAGGCCCCUGAAGUCCAGACAGAGCAGGAACCAGCUUUCUGUUCAAACUUCGGUGCCUCAGAGCAGGAGGGGAUGGGCCAGGCUGACUCGAGUCCCAACACAGGCUGCCCUAGAGCCACCACUGUCACUGUGAGACUAAACGAGGCUCUGGCAUGACGAGUCACUGAUCCUCCUCCGGGCUGGACAGGGCAGCAGGGGAAAGGGGCUGAGGGGUGACUCAGCAAGUUGGGGUGGAGGCAGACAAAGACACAGAACGUCCCAGCCGCGGGCUGCAUGGGACAUGGGAGCGCAGCUGAACAGUGGCUGGGAGCCAUGGGGAGAAGGUCUCGGCCAAGGCUGAACUCGUAAAUCUACCAAGUCCCCGCGGAGGGCCCCCUGAGGACGGCUCCUGAGCAGCUGGACAAGGCCAGGCAGAGGCAGAGACCAGGUGCGGGUGGGCACGAGCGCACUGUGCUUCACAAGACCAUAAAAGUCCAGCUCGAAUGUUCUGUUUUUAAAGCCAAAGAGCAGUAGCUUCCUGGUUGAGUCUGUAAGUGGUAGGCAGACGAACAGGAGUCUCUUCCCAAGCUGGUGGCCCACGAUCUUCUUCUGGGGAAUGAAACUGGGCAAGCUGGUUUGGGGCAUGCAUGGGGGGUCCCCUUCGGAUAGCCAAGGAGACUAGUCUGGAGCCUGCCCCACCCUACGCUUCUCAGACUCCAGCCUUUGCCCAGUAGUAUCAGACCCCCUGGUGGUGACCUCAUUACCCUGGUAGAGAAGACAAGGACAGCAAAGGAAGAGGAAGCUGGUGGAGGGCUGAGGAAGGGCAGGUGCGUCCCAUACCAGUUGCUCAGGCUGCCCCAGGCUCUGUCCAGGCAAAGCUGUUUCCCUUUGUGCCCAGGCCAGUCUGGGGUCCGGAGGCGGCUCUCCCAGCCAGAGAGCACCCGGCGCAGGCCAGGUUGCCAAGGGCUGCGAGGAGGGAGACGGAGUCAGAGGAAGGACCAAGGGACCAAUGGGAAUAAGCAGAGGAAAUGUCAGGUCAGACACUUGGAUCCACAGAGGAACCGGAACCAGGAGUUCUUCGCCUUUGCAGCAGAGGGAGAAAAACACCUGCUCACUGGGAGCCUUUUUAUUCGCAGCAGGUCUAGGGGCACGGGGUGGGCAAGAGUGGUAAGAGGCAUGUUAAGACUCGGGUCGGAAGACAGCUUUGGUCCCCCUGGGAACAGGGGUGUGUGGGCAAGAGGCUCCCAAAGGAAAGAGAAGCACAGAUGACAACGUGUCACUAAGGUGGCCUGGCUCAGGAGUCGGGGGGUGGCUGGCCCACUUGGCUAGCUUGCACUGCCUGCCCAGGUGCCCAUGACCCGAGGGGGCGGGCGAGGCGGUGACGGCCAGGACAGCUUCUCCAGAGGUGGUUGGGCAUCUGCUUCCCAGUGAGCAGCAGAACUGCAGGGCAGAGGCUCGGGCCAUGGGAGAAGCAGAGCGGGCCGAGGGAUGUCUGAGUAGAAGGUGGAGACUAUGGAUCUUACCAAUUGGGAACUAGGGUCAUUAAAACACAAGAUCCCAUCUUCUCUGAGAAAUUCCUUUUCUCUUUCUCUGGAAGGGGCCUGGCUAGGAUGAAUCAGAGGGCACUGUCCUCUCCCUUUUGUGGCACAAGCCCUAAGCCCAGGACCCCUGCAAGCUCGGGGCUGUAAACCAGGAGUUGGCUUAUUGUACCAAAUCCAGCCCACCUCUUUCCACCCCCUGCAGGUUUUUGUAAAUAAGUUUUUGUGGCAACAUGGUCACGCCCAUUUGUUUACAUGUUACCUAGAGCGGCUUUCCUGAUACCACAUCAGAGUUCAAUAGCUGUGACAGGUUAAGCCUAAAGUAUUUACAAUAUGGCCCUUUAAGGAAAAGCACACUAACUCCCACUCUAGAUCACAGGUAUUCAGUGUGGUCUGGGAACUCCUGGGGGGGGUCCCCUGAGGCCUUUUCUAAGUGGCCCAACCCAUUUUCAUAAUAUAAGAUGCUCUUUGCCUUUUCUUACACUUCUCUCAUGCAUCAUGGAAUUUUCCAGAAGCCAUACAACAUGUGAUAUCGCAACAGAUGGGGUGUAGAAACAGACAGGAGAAUCUAGCUGUCUGUUGCAACAGACAUUAAAGAUAUUUGCAAAAAUGUAAAAGAAUGCCACUCUUCUCACUACAUAUUUUCCAAUAUGGAAAAUAAUUAUUUUUCAAAAAUGUUAUCUAUAUUCACAUAUAGUGGGCUAAUUAAUGUCAUUUUUUAAAGAUUUUUUUCUUUAUUUACUUUAGAGAGAGAGAGAGAGAGCAUGAAUACACAUGGGGGGGCAGAGGGGGAGGGAGAAGGACAGCAG